GAACACGGACGUGAGCCGGGUGCGGGCGGGGGGAGGAGGAGAGGGCGUUUGGGCGGGUUCAGGGCCGCGGGCAGUUAUCCCCAAAGCCCUUCCUGGAUGGUUACUAUCCACCUCUCCCCCCCCCACUUCGAGGAUGGUAUGUUCCACCCGCUCUGCGUUUCUGCUCCGCAACCCCAUCCCACCCCUUCCAUUGCAUCUCGAAGCUGGGGGUGGCGGCGGUUGUGUGGAACUUGAUACGAAGGACCCGGAAUGUUCUCCUUGCUUUGGGAGGGCAACCUGUGAUUAGCCAAGGAAGGAGGCGAAGCGCGCUCCAAUUGGCUAGUAGGCGCGGUUUCUAAGUCCCGCCUCCUGCUGAGGGACAGGCCUGGCUGCGCGGGGUUGUAGUUUGGCUGAGGGACGGGCCCGGCGAGGAAAGGGACGCUGGUAAGGAGGAGGAGAAGGGAAUGGACGGACGUGCCUUGUCUAAGGAGAGGGGCUCCGGGGGGAGGAGUGUUGGCUGCGCUGCGAGGGAAGGGAGCUCGGGGGGGGGGGGAGAAGUGGGGGCGGCUCCUAAGAGGAAGCGAGAUUUAGGGGUGAGGGGGAACCCAGGAGUCCUGGCAUCCAGCGCUCUUCCCCCAACCCCCACCCGGCGGGAGGGAGCUUCCUGCCUGUUUGCAGAUGCAAAAAGCCCCGCCGGGGUUGCCUGGAUACAAAACACGUAGGGAAAGUAGUGCCGUUGCCCCUGAGACAGCCUGCUCUUGAGGGGAGUUGCCAGCUGGAGCGGCAGCCCGGACUCCUGGGUUCUCUGAAUGGAGCCCCUGGGUGUGUUGUGACUUGGAAUUUCAGGGGUUUAUUUUCCUGCACAUGCUGAGAGUUUCUCUUCCCUCACCCUCUGCUCCCUCUUCCAUUAGUAAAAGGGGGUAGGCGAUUAAAUAAACGCCCAUGUACGUCCGCUCUGUACUAUUAAGUUAGGUGAGGAGUUUUUGAACUAUCCAUCUACGUUCAGAGAAUAUAAAAUAAGGUGGUUUAACAAGUGUCUGAUAAAGACCCACCUGUUUCAAAGUGUGCCGAGUUCCAUGGUUCCUGCUGUUCCUGAUGCCAAGUGGGCUCAGGAGAGUGUGUGGGUCGGUGUCUCUGUGUUAUCAUUGAUGGGAGGAUUGAGUUUCACUACCGAAACUAACUUUUCUGUUUUCCUUUUAUUGUAGUGUAGGAAUUGAGGGAAACUCGGUAGCAACACCCAAAUGCCUAGUAGCAGAGGAAACUGGCUUUCCUGUCCAUUUAACAUCUCUCCAGUGAGGUCAACACCCCUGCUUUCUCAGGAGACUUGAGAAGCUGGAGGGGGGGGGGAGAGAAAUGCAGUUUUGUCAGAUCUUUCUCCUAAAUUGUGUACUAUAUGCCAUUCUUCUGCAUUAUGGGCUUCCAUCUUCCCUAACUGAAGGCUCUUUUGCUGAAUUUAGAAGGUGUUCCUCUAUGCUUUUAAUGAUUGGCUCAGUGGUAUAGGGUGUUGGACUUUUGUCCUUUUGUUGCUACAGGUAAUCUGUUGAGGGUGUUAACGUUUGAGGAAGUUGGAGAAAAAAGAUUUAUGCUCUGUAACCUAGGUGCUAUUCAACAACUGGCAAAACUGGCAAGUGCUUCCAUUUCACUCUUCAGAGGCAUUCAAAAGCUUACUACUCCUUAUCUAGGUCAGAAGGGAUGCACACAGUCUGUUCCAUUACCAUCCCUUACCAUUUUAACAAGGAAGGGGUGGGUAGAUGCUUGGCAGGCAUAACCUGUCACCAAAGUUGUGUGAAAUCUUACAAUACAGCGCCAUACACAUUUAUUCCCUCCUGUGGCCACCAUGUUCUGUUCCCCUCCUGCUGACCAUUUAAGCCUAAUCACUGAUUCUCCUCUGGCUUUCUACAUUUUGCAAAAUGCUCCAAAUUCUUUGAAAUCUUAAAUCUUGCAGGUAGAAUAAUGAUGAAAAAGGAGUAAAUGUGGAUGAAUGUGCAUAAUAUGUUCCAAUAACAGGAUAUUGGUGACUUUGUAUAAUGCAUUCAGUAUACAGUAUAUUUCUGUUACUGGUAAGAUAUGAAUUGGCCUUUUCAUGCAGAUGUGUAUAAUGUAGCCCACCCUUUUCCUCAGGCCUGCCAGUUUACACUCUCUUCCCCACCUAAUGUUAGGGACCUUCCUUCACUUACUGCCAAGAGGUCACUGGUCACUGGUUCCUGAAGCAGGAAACUGCGCCCACUGUAGGGUGAGGUGCCAUUUGUUGUCUUCUCUUGCUGAACCCAGGGAGCAGAAGCAGGGAGGAACCCUGAUGAUUCUGACCAUCUUUGCUUUCCAAAUACAGUAUUCAUCAGAAGAGUAAAACAAAAUUGCUGAAAGGUCUCCCCACCCACCUCUGUGUUGGUGAAGUAACACUGUCGCUCACAUGCUUUCCUGCUGUGGGAUGUAGCAACUGUCUGGUAUAAUGUACUUAUAGUAUUAGAAAAAGUAGGCUAGCUAGGCUCUAGCUCUGCUGAUAAGGAUUCAAUGGUAAAUGUGGAUCACAAAUUGAAUGUGGUCUGUUGCAAGAAUAGCAAAGGAUUUUCUGUGAUGCACAAAGUAUUCCGUCCAAGUCAUUUGAAAUUAUACUGUGCCUUCAUUUUGAUCCUGUUAACAUGCAGGAGUAAUAGUAAAUACAGCCCUCUCCCACCUGCCCUUUGCUACUUUCUUCCUGUUAUCUCCCUUCAUCUUUGUCCUCCCAGUCUUACAUAGUAAGCCAUCUGGGCAGGAGCGGCUUUUAUACGUGAGGUCAGUGCAGUGUCUCACAUAGACAAUAAAAAAGGUUAAAUAGUAGUGAUGGUAAUAACAGCUAGUGAGGCUGCUGGUAAUGAGAUGCACUUCAAAGGGAAAUACUUCAACUGCAAUCCUAACAUGGGAGAAAAUCCUCUUGGACUCAAGGGGAUACCGAUGAUGAUGAAAUUUGUACCCCACCUAUCUGCCUGGGUUGCCCCAGCUAAGUAAACGUACACACAGUACUGGAGAACCUGGGGGAUAGGUGAUGACAGAAAUAAAUAUGUUUAAGUUAUAGGGUGUGCAAGCACAUGGAUUUUGAUGUUAAAACGAACAGUUAACAGGUGGAAGUCAACCAGUAGUGUUUCUAACAGCAGGAAACAAAGGCUUUGUUAAAAAUUUAGAAAGCAAAUCCUUAGCUGUAAAAGCAGCAGAGAUAGGAGGCUAGUUAGCUAGUGAAUUCACGGCCGUCUUCACUGGAGAGUUUAAGAGGAGGUUUGGCAAGCCUCCUCUUGAUUGUUUAGGCCUAGGUGAAAUAAUUCCUAUCUUAAUACAGAGGCAUUACCACAAAAAUCCAUUUGAGGCCUCCAGUUAUUCAAGGCUUAGCAUUUUAACGCCUAUCCUAGUCAGCUGCAGAGAAAUCUCUAGUUCAGUAUGGAAUGUCAACAAAACUUGAGUAGGAUUUAUGGAGCAGAUCUCUGAAGUUAUUUGGCCCUCCCCAAAACUAUACAUUGUGCUUUAAAUUUUGAAAUCCUUAGGAUGCUUCAUGCUAGUUUAAGUUUAGAUGUGUCAGUAUUUCAAAAUGAUUUGUUUUAUAGGUAAAGAUUAUAGCUUUAGGGCUUUCAGCCUUUUGCCUUCUGCAUUUCUGCCAAGAUGGGGCCUUGUCAGCACUUUGUCUCCUGUAUGUCUGCUGUCUAGACAAAUUAAAAUUCAGCACCUGUGAGGAGUCUUGUUUAGAGCUAAUUCCAUGACCUGUAAAUGCCCAUAGUCUUGAUGGGUUUACGCUCUGGAGCGUGUGAUUAUAUUUUUCAUAAUUGCUUGAAAUGAGAAUACAGUGGUGCCCCGCAAGACGAAUGCCUCACAAGACGAAAAACUCGCUAGACGAAAGGGUUUUUUGUUUUUUGAGCUGCUUCGCAAGACGAUUUUCCCUAUGGGCUUGCUUCGCAAGACGGAAACGUCUUGCAAGUUUGUUCCUUUUUCUUAACACCGUUAAUACAGUUGCGACUUGACUUCGAGGAGCAACUCAUAGAACGCGGUGUGGUAGCCUUUUUGAGGUUUUUAAAGACUUUGGUGAUUUUUGAAGCUUUUCCAAAACUUUCCCGACACCGUGCUUCGCAAGACGAAAAAAAUCGCAAGACGACAAAACUCGCGGAACGAAUUAAUUUCGUCUUGCGAGGCACCACUGUAUUGUGAAUCAGGAAGACUGGGGAGGCCCACAUUCAAAUCAACGUUGAACUGUGAAGCUUACUGGGUCAACUUGGGCAAAUCAUCAUCUUGCAGCCUGACAUACCUCAAAUGGGUGCUGAGAAUAAAAGAGGGAGGGGAGGAAUACCAGGGCUUUUUUAGGGGGAACUCAGAGAAACUCAGGUCCGGCACCUCUCAGGUGGGUUCCGGGCUGCCACCUCUCAGGUGGAUGCCAUUGCCAUUCUAAGAGAAUGAGGGAGGUUUUCAUGGUGAGUUCCAGCACCCCUUUUUCUAGAAAAAUAGUACAGGGGACCAUGUUUAUCUCAGUGAGCCCCUUGGAGGAAAGACGGGAUAUGAAUGAAUUACUGAAACAGGGAUAAGAUCUUGUUCUCUGGCAGACUUUGGGAGAGAAGUCAAGGGAGACAGAUGCAAGUGCAGAAUAGUGUAAUGAUCGCUGGGAGCUGAAAAUGAUGGGACAAGCCAGACCUCAGUGGAACUUGCAGCAUAAAAGGAGACAAAAUAUUGCUUUGAAAAUAGUUACUUUUGGCAGUGUUUGAAGGGGAAGUGUUGUUGGCAGUAGUGUUCUGACAAAGCUGAAGGCUGUGCUUAAAAUGUGGAAUGCCUUGCCCUGUAGUUUGCUUUAGCUGUUCUUCAGUGUGGAGCACUCACAGGUUUGGCUGCGUUCCCUUGCUGUCCCACCCUCUAGGGAACACCCUGUAGCCUGUUUCUCUGCUCUGAAUCAACUUGCAAAGGCCUGCUCCACCCUGAUCCCAGAACAGAGGCGUCAGAGGCUUGCUCCUGCUGCGCCAGUCCCAACACUUGCACGUUCCCAAGGACUGGUUUGGAGAUGCACAUACCGGUAAAUUAGCAGAAAGGUUAGGAUCUUGUGUCCUGCUGUAUUACUCAAGGGCCUUUUCCUUUAGGAGAGAGUCAUGUUGUUGGACCCAAAGACUAUUUUAGGGUAUCUUUGUUAUGUGAUUUGUCUGCAUUAUGCACAGUUUUUAACUUGGAGCAAUAAUUUGUCUCCUGUUAAUACACACAGACACUUCUAAACCAAAGUCUUGACAGUUUGACUUUUUCUUCCUAGUUAUUUCUAAUCUUUGGUUUACUGUAUUUAAAUCUUAAUCUGAUAGUGUUUACCUAUUGGUGGUUCUUGUUACAAUUAGUUGUUAACUUCCUACAGAAAGGACUUGGGUACUUGUAUUAUUCAUUAUAAACCUUUGUAACCCACACAAAUGUGUACCUGUGUGUUAUGGAGCGAUAAGCAGUACUGAACAUGAACCCAGACCUGAGAUUUGACAGUGGCUUCUUGUACUGAAUCCAGCUUUGAAAUGCCCAUUUCAUAGCUGAAAGAGAGCAAAGCAUGCUCACCUAUCAGAGUUAUCAUUGACUGAUAUCAUGGUUGCUGUAUAUUACCCUCCAGGAUCAGAGGAAAUAUACCUCUGAGUACAAGUUGCUGAGGAGCAAGCAUAGAAGAGGGCUAGUGCCCUCAUACGCUCAUAUCCUGUUUGUGGGUUUCCCAGAGGCAUCUAGCUGGCCACUGUUGAAAAUGAUACGUUGGACUUGAUCACUCUUUGGUCUGAUCCAUCAGGGCUCUUCUUGUGGUCACAGCCAUUGUAACUGCUGUGUUGGAAUAUCAUGUGAGCAUUUCAGGUGCCUGUUGGAUAUAGCCUGUGGUGAGAAAGAUGAGAGACAACACCCCUCUUUAUGCCCCACCUCUAAACAAACCUGGCCUGUACUGUUGUGUGGCCUUGUCAUUCGAUUUUAAAAAACACAUUUUAGUGGUGAACUGCUCCCUAGUGUACUGCUUCAACAUGGGAACAUUGUCUUGCCUUUUAAAAGUGGUGAAUGUUAGGAUGCUUAAUCUCCCACUGUUUGCUUUUACUUCAUUUUCCUUCAUUCUGAGGAUGUGCUCUUCCUCUCUUGAGUGCUGCAAGUGUGUUUUGCUGGGAGUUGAGGUUUAACAGCCGCAAAUGGCUGUGCAACUAGACUGCUGCCCAGAGCCCGAUCUCUACAACCUUAGUAGUUCAUGGCAGAUAAUUAAUAUGUCCCAAUUCCAUUUCAUAGAUAAAAACCUCUUUUGGCUUAUGGAGGCAGUAAAACAAGUACGCAUAUACAAACAGCUAAAAGGUGUUUGGCCAGUAUUCACCUCUGGACAAUCAUGGAGUGAUAAAAUCCAGGUGAUGAAACAUCGACGUCAUCUCUCUAAAACGGGAUUUAUUUUCUACUCAUUAACCCCUUUCCCUGGUUAAUAGAAAAUGUGCAUCAUCUCUGUGAGCAUUUUCUGGAGUAAGCGACAUAUGCGGUGGUUGACCGAGGCAUCUUUAAAUUACAGUUUCAAUGUUAAAACAAAAAACCCAAUUCAUAUAUAGCCUCAGUGCAGCCUGUCACUGGUAACUUCGAACAACUGGAAUGUUCUCUCUUCAGCAGACAGCAAAAUCUUGUCUCUGUGAUGCAGCCUCCCAACUUGAAUUCAACAAUAGGCUUUCUGUGUUUCACAACAUUUCAGGAUCUUAUAAGCCUUUCAGCAAGCAAAACUAGAAACCUCUCGCUUCAGGUGAAGCUCAGAAGUCAGGAGAUAAAGUCAGAUAUAACAUGGCAAAGGGAUUAAAGUCUAGAUCCAUGCUGCUAUGUUCCCCAUUUUGUUUCCUGUGUGUGUGUCCACUCACCAAAUAGAGUUCCUGUAGUCAGACAACCACAAACAGAAUAGGCAUAUGUAUCUAGAAAGCUUGAGCUAACUGUGACUUACUGAGAUGCAGGGCAGAAAAUCUUGCAAAAUGGAGAACUUUCCUGUGAUAUGCUUCUCUGUGGAAAAUUUUCCAUUUCAUAAGUUCAUUUGUGACAACUAAUGGAUGUCAGUUGCAAGUAAAUAUUAGGUAAGAUUGGCAAUAUCAGAGUUUGUAGCUUCAUUUAUUAAAUACAAGUUAAGCAAACAUGCUAAUUAGAUCAUUCUCUAGGGAAAAUUUCCUGAUGCAAACUGAAAUUUCCCUAUGCAAAUUUGCAUAGGAAAAACCACUGGAAAAUUUCCAAUACAAUUUUUUUAAAAAAACUUGCAUUGUGACUGAGUUAAUUGUACAUGUUAGGAGUAUGCUAGUAAUUCCUCUUCUUUGGCGAUCACUCAUAGCCAAGUAAGAUUGUCUUCCAUGAACACGGUCUAACAGUGAGUCUGUUAGUGACUGUGGAGGUCAAUUCUGGAUCCACACAUCCUUCCACAGUGGGGAUAUAGGUUUCCAGGCAGGAGUUUAUCAUGGUGAGGAUUUCCCAAACAUGCCUUCCUCUUAGCUUUUUUCUCCCUUUUGUCCAGAGAUUGUGCUUCUUCAAAGUCCAUUACACCUUAGGUAAAGGCUGUUCUUGAAUUGGAGUGCUUGCAGGCCAGUGUUUCCCAGUUAUCAGUGCUUAUACUACAUUUUUAAAGAUUUGCCUUGAGAGUGUCUUUAAACUUUUUUGUUGUCUACCGGUAUUUCGCUUUCCAUUAUUAUGUUGGGAAUAGAGUAGUUGCUUUGGAAGACGAUAAUCAGGCAUCCAAACAACAUGACCAGUCUAACAAAGUUGAUGUUGAAGAAUCAUUGCUUUGACACUGGUGACCUUUGCUUCUUCCAGUACACUGACAUUAGUUAGCCUGUCUUCCCAAGUGAUGUGUAAAAUUUUUCAGAAACAGUGUUGAUGUAAUCUUUCGAGGAGUUGGAGAUGGUGUUUAUAAGUAGUCCACGUUUAACAAACGUACAGUAAAGUUGGUAGUAUGAUAGCUUUGUAAACAAGCAAUUUGGUUUCCCUGAGAAUGUCCCAGUCCUCAAACACUAUACGCUUCAAUUGGGAGAAAGCUGCGCUCACAUAGCUCAGGCGAUGCUGGAUUUCGGCAUCAGUGUUGGCCCUUGUAGAAAGAUAACUGCCCAGGUAGGAAAAGUGAUUGACAUUUUCCAACAUUACACCAUUAAGUUGAAUUUGUGGUGCUGCAAAGGGGUUGUUUUGUGCUCGUUGGUGCAGCACUUUGGUUUUUUUGAUAUAGAACGAUAGGCCAAGCUUUCCAUAAGAUUCUGUGAAUAUAUUUAGGAUGGUUUGGAGGUCAUCCUCUGAGUGUGCGCACACUACUUUGUCAUCAGCAUACUGAAGCUCUAUGACGGAAGUUAUUGUAACCUUACUUUUUGCUUUCAGCCUACUCAGAUUAAAGAGCUUUUCCUUCAUUUGUUAUAUGAUUUCUACUCUGGUGGGGAGUUUCCCUUUGACAAUGUGUAGGAUCAUGGCGAUGAAAAUAAUAGAGUUGGGGCAAUAACACAACCCUUAUUCAUAUGUGUGUGUUGUAUGCCAAUUAUAAAAAGGAACUGUACAAAUUAAUGGUAUCAUAGCUGGCCUGUUUGUUGUUGUCUGGUUCAAUGGAUAUUGUUGUUUUACAUACUGUACUUCCAUAAUAGAGUUAACUGUGACAGCUGGUCUGGCUGUUACAUUUCCACAGGAACAUAGGAAGCUACCUCCUACAAAGUCAUGCCAUUGGUCUAGCUCAGUAAUUUCUACGCUGACUGACAGCAGCACUAUGGGGUUUCAAGCUGCGAGUCUUUCCCAUCCCUGCCUUUAGACAGCAGUGAUAGAACUAGGGUCCUUCCACAUAUAGAGCAGAUGCUCUGCCACUGAGCUACAGCCGUCCCUUUUCCCCAAGCAAAGCCCAGUGGGAUACAGAACUCCCACGGUAGUUGUUUGCCGUCUCGUGCCUAUGAGUUGGAACUUGUGGCGCUUCUGUGCAAAAGCCAUGAUGUGGUUGGGAUCUGCGUACAUACAUAGAUUGCCUGGAUAAAACCCUAGUUUCCACAACAAGGCAAAAUGUCCCGAAGAAACACAUAUCCCAAAGCCAUUUGCCAAACUGAGAAAUCAUAGAAUCGUAGAGUUGGAAUGGAGCCAAAGGGUCUUCUAGUCGAACUCUCUGCUGCGCAGGAAUAUUGAAUUGCUUAUAAAUGGGGGAAAGCUUUGUUUCCUUCCUUGCUCUUCACUCUUUUCAGGCUACCACAAGGGGCUACCGUAGAUAGGUGUGAGCAGGCAAGCCAGUAAGAUUCUGUUGCGAUCUUAUUUGCAAGACUACUUUACUUAUAAACUGUGUCUACCCGACCUGAUGGCACAAAUAGAGAACUGCUGUUGUCUAGUGAUAUUAAGUUCUAUACCUGUUUCUGGUCCAGCUUCCUUUCUUCCUUGUUGGAAAAGUGCUCCCUAGAAUUCAAGAUAAUGCAUCUUUCCAGAGGCUUGCCUGUCCUUUUCCAUUUCCUCCUUUUCACCGUGUGCUCUCCUUUGUGCCCCUAGGUCCAUACCUUGGGCGACUGACCCUCGCUGCUGACUGGCCACAUCUCCCUCAUGCCGCUUGGACUAGGCCGACGGAAGAAGGCCCCACCGCUGGUGGAGAAUGAGGAAGCCGAGCCCAUUCGCAGUGGCCUGGGCGGGCUGGGGGUAGGCAGCGUUGGCGUGGUUGGCGGGGCACUUCAGCCUGGCCUCCCCCCACCCCCUGCCAGUCUCCGCCCUCGACUUGUGUUCCACACCCAGCUGGCCCAUGGAAGCCCCACUGGCCGGAUCGAGGGCUUUACCAAUGUCAAAGAACUGUACAGUAAAAUUGCCGAGGCCUUUAAAAUCUCACCAGCCGAGGUAGGCACAAUCAUCAUGUUUUCCUUUAGUGUUGGGGAUGGCAUGGCUAACUCAGCUUGGGUGGGGCAGGUGCCAGGGUCAACCACAGUUUGGAUUGGCAUGAGGCUGUGUUUAAGUAAAUAUCUGGGAGCUUAUGCUGGAGGUCUGUGGCCAAAAGCUUCCAGGUCUCUUACCUCUCGAACUGAAGGAGCAGACCCCACUGGUGCACUUUGAGUACUAUCUCUAAAAGCGGUUAGGAUGCCUGUAACGUCAAGUGCUCAUGCCUACUUUCCCAUUAUCUAGGUGAUGUUCUGCACCUUAAAUACCCACAAAGUGGACAUGGAAAAACUGUUGGGUGGCCAGAUUGGCCUAGAGGAUUUCAUCUUCGCCCACACAAAGGGCCAGAGGAAGGAGGUUGAGGUGUUCAAAUCUGAGGAAGCCUUGGGCCUGACCAUCACGGACAACGGAGCUGGCUAUGCUUUUAUCAAGGUAUCUUUGGGUAGGCUCAGCUUGUGCUGCUCUCCUACUGAAUUCUUGCUGCUGUUGAAGGAGGGUGUAUGGGGCUUCCAUUUUGUGGGUGUGGUUUUUUGUUUUUUGUUUGGUCCACUGUGUUGCUUCCAUUGUUCUUUCUAAUCUAUCAGCUUCAGGGAGGCUAUUUUAUCUUUCAGAGGUUUCUUCCCAAGAGGGCACUAAGCCCAGUCCUUACCCUAAUCCUCCUACUGUGAGCUACGAAUCUUUCCUGAUCUGAACCUUUCUGGGAGCUAAUGUGUCUUACAGGAGCUAGGGAGUCCAACCCACCCAUUCCUAACAAUUACCCUUUUUUCCUUCCCACUCUGGCUGAGAAUGUAUUCUUUUACUGUACCAAGUGAUUGUAUAAUGCACAAGGCUCCCUAACACACCUGCUGGCCUUUUCUACAUGAAACAUGAUAACCAGGUUAUCUUCUAGGGUCUGAACAGAAAAAUCCUGAUUAACCAAGUAGUCUAGAAAUGCUAAGCAUUUGGGGUGAGGGGUUUUAAGGAAAAAAAGAUGACCACAGAGCCUAGGGCUUGCCAAUCUGAAGGUCAGUGGUUCGAAUGCCCGUCAAAGUGCAAGUAGAUAAAUAGGUACCGCUCCGGCGGGAAGGUAAACAGUGUUUCCGUGCGCUGCUCUGGUUCACCAGAAGUGGCUUAGUCAUGCUGGCCACAUGACCCGGAAGCUGUCUGCGGACAAACGCCAGCUUCCUCAGCCUGUAGAGCGAGUUGCAACCCCAGAGUCGUUCGCGACUGGACCUAACGGUCAGGGGUACCUUUACCUAAGGAGGAUAUGAUAAAGAGAUUUUUGGUUAUAUAAAAGUUUGAGGAAGCAGAUAAGAAUUUCUUUUAUAGAUGCUUUAGGACACCCAGUUAAAUUAAUUGGAAGUAGAUUCAAGUGAGAUAGAAGAAAAGUUUGCUGUCACAAGAUAGGCUGGUGGCCACUGACUUGGAUGGCUUUAAAAUGAGAUAGGACAACCCAAGUCUAUUAGCCACAAUAGCAAAAUGAAACCUUCACUUACUGAGGCAGUGUAUCCCUGAAUAUCAGUUGAUGGAGCUAACAGAGGUUUAUUGCUAUUAAAGUUGGAAAAGAAGUUGCACUUGCUAAAUCUUUGCUCUUGUCCAGCAUUCGUGUUCUUACUCUCUUUAAAGUCUGUGCUAAAAUUAUUUGAAUAAUAUGAUAAGAAACCAUAAAUUCUGCUAUGUGGAAAUAUAUUCAAUCUAACUGAAUUAAUGUAAUUAUUUACAUAGUGGACAAGUUAGCACAUAAUGCUUAUGGUUUAUAAAAGCAUGGAUUAGCAUUAUGCGUGAAUCCUGCUCAGUGGCUUAACAGUAGUUCAUUUGCUGCCAACAUACCGUGAGCUAGGUGAAACUAUAGUUGGUUUGGUUUGCAAACCUUAGUUUGGUGUUACUUUUUAAAAAAAAAUAUUUUUCAGUUUUCAAAAAUUUACAAACAGACACACUACAGACACAUACGUCCAAUACAAUUACAUAUUUGACUCCCCCCCCCCCCACUUUUGUGGUUUCUUAAUUUUAGUUUUUCACACUGCAUUUUCUACUUUACUCCAUUUUUAUGAUAAUUUUCUGUUUUUCUCAAUAAUAUUUUUAACUGCUUGUUUUAAGUUAAUCCUACAAAUGAACUUACUUGCAUACCUAGAUUUUUCAAAUAUUCAACAAAUUUUCCCCAGUACUACUGAAUACAGAAGCUUGUCCACCUGACUACACUAACCCAACCCCACUCCAUUUUCUAACUACCAGUAGAAUAGUUAUUCUGUUCUUCCUUCUUUAAAAGUGCAUGUGGUGUUGUUGUUGUUUUUGUGUGUGCGUGAUUCCUCAGAUUCUGCAGGAAUAUUGGAUUCCACUUUUUAGGUUAUAUGUUCUUAGACGCUUGGAACAGAGCUAUACCUCUGAUGGAAGAGCCUCAAUCCUCUUUGUACCCUUGCUUAUGCUCCCUUCGUCCGGUUGGUUCAUAAACUAGGGAUUAGCUAGUUACAUUCUGGAAAAUACUGGAGCCUGCUCUACUUUCACAGUUCUGAGCAUGUGCAAGAGCAUGAGAUUGCAACACUCAUUCUCUCCUGGAGUAGAUAAGUUUAGACCACCUGCCACAUGGCCCUGUUCCUGCUUUCUUGCAGAAAAGAAGUUGUGGUUCUGCUUGAGAUGGGUGUUUUCUCUUGGAGCAGUUGGAACUUCCUGGGAGCAUCACAACCUGUGCUUUCUCAAGGAGGUGUAAAGCAGCUGUAAGACUAGUGGCAGUUUGAUAUCUUUGGAUAGAGAAGGAAAUAUUCACGUGGCAUUGGGCAGAGCUGUCACAGUACCUGCUAUGUAUUUAAUAAACAGUUGCUGUCUCCACCCAGGGUUCAUCAGCUUCUCAGUCCUGGAGGAAGUGACUGUGUAUUAUCACAGGAUGAUCUGAGGGAGUCCCUGCCCUUUCAAAAACAGCACAACACUGCAGUGUUUGUUUUUAAUGUGAAGGUUUGCUGUUGUAGUUCUUUAAGCAGCUUUAAAACAGAAAUUGGUUCACCAUUACCUAAAUACCCUGUGAAACAGUAUUCAGAACCUCUCCGUGCCAGUACUGGCGUGCUUCGGUUUCAGAAGCAGUCAAAGUCUGUUCUCCUUAGCAAUACUCUCCCUUAUUCUGGUCUCCUCCCCCUUUUCUACUUCUCUUCGGGAGGCUACACUUCCUGAUAGGUUCCUUGUAUCAUAAAUCACGUGCAACCCCUCUCCAUGCUUAAUCCAGAGUGAUUCUGCUGCACAUUUCCACAUGCAGUACAAACAUACACAGGCAACGUCUCACACUCAGUUUGUAGUUCUGGGCAUUCUCCACUCUUGCAAGGCAAAACCUGUAAGGGAACGAAUGCUGCUACCCUGUUGCAGUGCAAUGCAGGCAGUCUGUCUAGGAACCAUGGAUCAGGGAAGAGAUAGACUCAGGGUGCUUAUUAUCUGCAGGUUUGUGUGAAGAAGGCUCUUAUUCCUUGGACUUGAUGUGUGGGUUAUUUGGUGAUCCAGAAGCACUAUUCCUUUUUCUAAACUGCUUCCAGAAGUAUAACUUUGCUUGGUGAGGUGGGGUUAUACCUCUUUCCAAGGUAUUUGACAAUUGCUUCUGCUGGAAACAGGAUGCCAGACUGGUUAGGCUACUGUUUGCAUCCACCAUGAGUCAAUUAAAUAUAUAAGUGUAAUUAUGAGUCACAAUCCUCAGGAAAAAAAGCUGCAGGCUCAGCACUGGAGCAGAAUGGAGCAGGGUGAGCAUUGUAUGUACAUAGUUUAAGGCUGUGGUGGAUCCCAAGGCUGAAAGGUCAUGAGACAGGGGAGUUAAAACAUGCUAAACACAACGUUGGGCUUCUUACUCCUCAGAGGUACAUGGUCUUCUCUACUCGGAGGCCUGACAGUAGAGAUUUUCCUACAUUCUUAAAAGGCACGUGAUACAUGUGGGAAAAUACUCACCAAGGAGUUGGUCUUGGCACACUAGUUGUCUGGUCAUAACCAGGUGUUAAAAAAGAAACAUCAAUGAAAAUGAUUCUUCUAUUGGCUUGCUUUAUUAUGAGCUUCACUCUUCCUCUCUCUCACCAACUUGCUUCCUUCCCUGUAGAAAUGCUGACAGUUGUCCAUCAUAAAGGUAUGGUUGUGAAGCUAGAAUGGAGAGCCUGCCUCUGUUGCCGUAUAGUUUGUCACUUGAUUUCUGGACACAAUGUCUUCUUGAGGUGGGAAGUGUCAGGAAAUGGUUGAGGAAGAGAAGAAGAGUUUGGAUUUGAUAUCCCGCUUUACCACUACCCGAAGGAGUCUCAAAGCGGCUAACAUUCUCCUUUCCCUUCCUCCCCCACAACAAACACUCUGUGAGGUGAGUGGGGCUGAGAGACUUCAAAGAAGUGUGACUAGCCCAAGGUUACCCAGCAGCUGCAUGUGGAGGAACAGAGACGUGAACCCGGUUCACCAGAUUAUGAGUCUUAACCACUACACCACACUUUCUCUCACACUGGGUCUGUAUUUGCAUCUUGACUGUUCCCAUCUGUUGUUGGCAGAGAAUCAAGGAAGGGAGUGUUAUUGACCGGAUCCAAGUCAUCAAUGUGGGGGACAUGAUCGAGUCUAUCAAUGGACAGAGUCUUAUCGGCUGCCGGCAUUAUGAGGUCGCCAAAAUGCUCAAGGACCUGCCCAAAGGCCGCACUUUCACACUGAAGCUUACUGAGCCCCGGAAGGCUUUUGGUAAGUAUUCUGUACACUCUGAAUUGCUGGGAAGUGUAGGGGGGGGGAGAUAAAAAUACAUCAUUCAAGAAAUGGGGAGUUGGCAGCGUGCCGUUUCUCAAAGCAACCGUAGCUGAACUUUAUUUUCACAAGACUAGAGGUAAUUGAGGUGGCUUUUGCCCUCUUUUAGAGACUGCCCUUCUGGUCACUGAAAGGAGAUUCAGUUAGUCCCAGGGGCGUGUUUCCAUUACAAGCCAAUCCACUGGUUAAAGGGGAGGUAAAACUAGGGACUCCAUAAUUGCUGGAGGAAAAUCUGUGCCUUCCCUUGCUUGAGGACUGCAAUUUCUUAGACUGCCUCUCAGUUAUAAUAACCUGGGGCGCAACAUCUUUUUUUUGCUCAAGGGCUGCAACAUUCCCUCUUGACCAACCCUCUGUAUGCCAGCCAUGGGCAUCACCAUCCCACAGACUGUUGCAUGUAAUCUUCCAUGCAUGCAGUGCUCAAGCGAAAUGUCAAGGGUACUUCAGCUAACCUGUUGAUGUCUUACUUUACAAUAAGGUGGCAGGUGCAGAUUAGGCAUAGAAAAUGAAGGUGCAAGCUAAUAUCUGGUUUUGCCCUCGGUAUUGCAUCAAGUUAAAAAGAAUUUGAUUACCUUUGUACUGGAGCUUUUAAGCCAAUUUCCCUAUCAGAUUCCCAGCCAAAAGUAAGGGUAUAUCUGACUUCGUUUUCAAGAGCACAGCAUGAAUAACAUUUGUACACUUUGGCUAAUGACACAGACUUGUCUUUUGGCUUUCCCUGUGGCAAUCCAUGAUUCUUUCAGUGGCAUACAUUCCAAACACUUUCUUCAGGAACUCACACAUUGGAGUAGGAAGCAGGAUCUAAGUUUCUACGACGCACACGUCUAAGAGUAGAAAAUUCAUCAAAAAGAACCUCUGGUUUCUGUGCACCUUUUAUAGUCAGUUUUAUAGACUCUUCCUCUAAGGAAGAAGUGUUUUAAUACUUGGCAACCACCUGGUGUAAUAGGAGAAGGUUGACAAAGGGUGUGUUUGAAUUCUCUACUUGCAGCAGGCUGGUUUCCUGUUAGCUUCUAAACCGAACUUUGAGCAAAACAUGGUUCACAUUUUGCUCAUGACAUGCAAGACAAAAUUGUACGUUUUUCACCCAAUACAGACACACAGAGAAGUUUCCAUCAUGUGUAUGAACCUAGCUCAGGGAAACACAGAACCUUUCUUCUAAUUCAAAAUGCAGUUUGUUUGUGUCAAAGAAUUAGCGGAGAAGAGGCUGGGCUCUGUUUCAGUUGGCAGCAGACUCACCUGAGCUUAGAGUUAAGGGAAGUUUGCCCUCUUGCAGUGUGUGCUAUCUUUGAAGGUGUACUCUAUGUCAGUCUUCAACUUCCUGAGGACCGUUUUAAAAGAAAAAAAGGGGGGAAAGCAAUUUUCUAUUUCUUAUGGAUGGGUGGCUAUUCUCAAUAAUAUGUGGAUAACACCUGCUGAAAUCUAAAUCAAGAUAGGUGGCAGAAUAAGAUUUUGAGUAGCUAGAGAGGACUUUGAUGCCCUGCCUCCUCCUCCUCCUCCUCCUCUUCUCUCUUCCUCCCCUCCCCAUCCCCUGCCACUCCAAAUGACUAUCAAAUCCAGAAUACAUUGUGCAAGAUUGCAUUAUUUAUACAGCCCAUUUUUCUUGCCACAGAAUUUAAAUUGUGUGCAUGCAGAAUUAUUUUUCAAGUGCUGUGAAUGUAUACAGCCCAGAAAAUAAGUUUAUUUAUUUAAUAUAUUUUUUAAUUAAAUUUUCAAAUUUUGCAUUUCAAAUUAAACAUCUUUUAUUAUACCAUACAUUCAUUGUCCUCUCUCUCCUUCCAAGGGCCAUUUAACUUAUCCACCAUUCCUGCAUAUUUUGAUCUAUGCCUCUAAUUCUAUUUUCCUAUCUUACAUUAUUUCAAUAUAUAUUAUACUGUUGAAUUUACUUUAAUACUGCCAGCGUUUUCAACUGUACACAAUUGUUUUCAAUAUACUCGACAAAAAAUUUCCCACUCCUCUUUAAAUACCUGUUCUUCUUGCUCCCUUAUUCUACUUAUUAGACCUACUAACUGUAUAUUCUAUCAUCAUAAGUUGCUAGUCCUCCUUGCUAAGGACCUCCCUCACUUUCCAUUUUUGGGCGAGCAAAAUCCAAGCCACUGUUGUUACAUAUAUAUGGUAAAUAAUUUUUUCCUGACUCUUGCAAACCUCUGUCUGAACAAUUCCAAAGAGAAAUGCUUCUGUUUCGGGAGGGGGGGGAGUUGUUUUGAACAUUUUUUUCAUCUCAUUAUAUAUCAUUUCCCAAUAUACUUUUAACUUUUUUGUAUGCCCAACACAUAUGGAAAAAAGGUUCCUUCUACUUCUUUACAUUUCCAACACAAAUCAGAUUGUGCAUUAUACAUCUUAGCCAGUCUACUCAGAGUUAAAUACCAUCUAUGGAUCAUUUUCAUAUAGUUCUCUUUCAGUGUGUAGCAUUCAGUAAAUUUCAAAUCAUUCUUCCAAAGUUUCUCCAAGAGGUUUAGUUUUAUAUUGUACCCUAUAUCCAUUGCCCAAUGGGUCAUUGACACUUUAACCACCUUGUCUUUUGUUUCCCACUCCAAUAAUAAUUUAUAUUUUAGACAGUAGUUUUUCCUUAAAAAGGUAAAGGGACCCCUGACCAUUAGGUCCAGUCGUGACUGACUCUGGGGUUGCUGCACUCAUCUCGCUUUAUUGGCCGAGGGAGCCGGUGUACAGCUUCCGGGUCAUGUGGCCAGCAUGACUAAGCUGCUUCUGGCGAACCAGAGCAGUGCACGGAAACGCCGUUUACCUUCCCGCCAGAGCAGUACCUAUUUAUCUACUUGCACUUUGACGUGCUUUCGAACUGCUAGGUUGGCAGGAGCAGGGACCGAGCAACGGGAGCUCACCCUGUCACGGGGAUUCGAACCGCCGAACUUCUGAUCAGCAAGUCCUAGGCUCUGUGGUUUAACCCACAGCGCCACCCGCAUCCCAAAGUUUUUCCUUAUUUGUCAAUAACUCUCUUUCGUCAAUAACUCUCUUUCAAAUUGUGAGCUUUGGUCCAAAAAGCUAUUUUUCUUAUCUAAUUUAAACAUAUUGUUUAUUUGAUGAUACUGUAACCCAAUCAGCAACUUGGCCCCUUACUUCUUCCAUUGGUUUCAAUCUGAGUUUUCACCCUGAAAAGUCCAACAAGUCUCAAAAGGAUUUCCACCGUCUAUCUAUAUUUAUUGUCUUAAUUGUAAUUGCUUCGGUUAGCAAUAACCAUAAGGGUGUUUUUCUUUCCAAAAAAUUUUUACAUUUCUCCCAGACUCUAUACAAAUUUCUCCCAAUGACAUGGUUCAUGAAACUUUUAUAUAUUUUGGUUUUCCCAUACCAGAGACAUGCAUGACAGCCAAAUUUCAUAUCAUGAAAUAUGAUAAAUAAGUUUAUGGCACUGGUUGGCAGUUGUGCUGUAACACAGCCAACAGAUGUCGCUGGUGCUACAGCACCAGCCUUGCACGGUCUUCAGCAGACUGGACAUACUAUUUUUGUAGAAAGGACUCUUAUUCAAAUUAGCUGUGGCCUCAUGCCCAGACAGUUGUUUGUAAUUGACCUAAUUUGCACAUUGGUUUCACGAGCAUGGCGAAGGUUCAAGCCACAGCUGAGACAUAAAUUGCACUAGUUCUGUGCACUGAUUUUGUAUUAACAAAACAAAACAUGGGAUACUUUUCAGUAAAGUUCUUCAGAAAAUGAGUAAGUUUGGGCUUCAUGUUACUUGCCUCCUUUCAUCUUUACUUAUCUUGAGCAACUACUGUUUUCAAAUAUCUCUUCCAACUGUAUUAUUAUUUAUUAGGCUUAUAUCUUCACCUCCCUCCCAAAGGAACCCAGGGUGGCAAAUGUGUCAGUAGUUAAACAAUACAGUUAAGAGUUUCUAAAAAAUAGUUUAAAACAAUCACCUACUCUCGCAGCUCAUAAUUUCAGGGUUAACACUAUCUUUUAGUCAUAAAAUGCCUGCGUAAAAAGGAAUGUUUCUAAAAUUCCUCCUGAAAAUUAAUAAUGAAGGAGGCAGCUGCACCUUCCUAGGGAGGGCAUUGCACAAAUGAGGAACCACCACUGAGAAGGCCCCAUUACAAGUCUCUGCCAGUCCCCACUGGUGACUCUGUCAAUCGUAGUCUCAAUAUGGUUGGUAAUUGAAGGUGCUUUUUUAGGUACUUGGGUCCCAAGCUGUUUAGGGUUUUGAAUGCUAGUAUGUUAGACCUGGUAGUUCACACACAGCCCCAUCGUCCCAUCAGGCUACCCCAUUUACCAACCCAAGAGCCAUGUUCUGCAUGAGCUGCAGCCUCCAGAUCAUCUUCAGGGGCUGCCCUACAAAGAACUUAUAGCAGUAGUCAAGCAGUUGGUCACCAGAGCAUAGCAGCUUCCUAAUAAUGGAUAUCUGCAGUUUUCAGGAUUCUAACAAGCUUGCACAAAUGUGGCACAGGAGCUUCGUUAAGCACCUGCACCAUAUAAUUUACAUUGUGGUUGAGGGAGUUUUCACAUGUGCAGUUCUGGGAUUUGGAAUGUGCUGGCAAAACCUGGAUAUACAUUUAGUUUAAAAUCUCUCUCACAUGCAUUAACAAAAUAUAUACUGCACACAAGUAACUUUGGUAUUGGGAGAAAACCCCUGCAGAGGCAGCCCUCGUUUGAAAUUGUGGUGCUGCAGUCUUCUCUCGCCAGCAGAGGUCAGGGUGGCACCAGCUCAAUAGCAUUCUCUACCCUGAGCCAAAUCUCUGCUGGGUGGAAGAAACUCUUUUUACACAUCCUCUUCCUAGGCAGGCAGAGAGAGUGGCUCUUGCCAUUUAGUAGGGUGGAAUAGCUAGCUUUGGGAGAGCAGAACUGGUAUCUGAAUGGAGCAGCAAUUUUUCUCAGUGUUGGCUCAAGUGAGCGCAGAGUGGGGUGGGUUUCCCUUCUCUAUCCAGAAGCUUUGCUAGGUCUCUAGAGGAGGGAUCCUGCACUUAGUCAGUAUAAAAUGGGAAGGUUAUCCAUGAUGGGGAGGGAGAAGCAGGAUAGUCUUAAGUGACCCAGAGGAGAACUGAGGAAGUGAGAGGUUUGUGGAGCAAAACUUGGGGCUGGACUUCCCUGACCCUUGAGAGAAGGUGGGCAGGAAGCUCCAUGUCGAAUACACAAAGCUCAGUUUUUCAUUUUAUCUCCUGCAUGUUGAAGACUCCUGCUCUUAACAACUGUGUUCUGGGUAGGAUCCAGCUCCCUUUUGGUCAGAGCCUUGUGCUGUCAUUAUAUUCCUCUGUGGCUGGUGCAUUAGGCUGGUUGCCAUACAGGAUGUCUUUGAAUCCUGGUACUAAGUAACCUCCCUGCGCCUGUAGUGUUCUACUUAGCAGAGAGAGCCUAAGAUCACAUUGCUGGGUAAUAACUGCACCUUGGAGUUCUGUGUCUGCGGUGCAUCCGCUAUGCUUAAUGCUUCUUCGUGUUACCCAGAAUAAGUCAUGAGCAGUUCCAGUUUCUAAAUGCAUUGCAUUCCCUGCUGUGUUUGCAACACAGCUUAUCCAUCAUUUCAGUCUGCCUCUGCCACUGCAAGUUUCUUCCUCCUUGAGUGACUCACCAGACAGUUCUGGGAAGGAUGAUUUUCCACUUUCCAAGUUAUUCCUUCCUUGGCUGUGGCUGUUGUGUGUGUGUUUGUUCUUCACUUUCAUCUCCUCUGCUGGAUUAAUAUUUGUUAGUGCUUCAGGAAUGGUCGCACUGAUUCCCUCCUCCCCAUCAUGCAAUACUUGGAUGUGAAUGAUGUUCUUUGCUAAGCUGGCUGGCCAGCGGGGGGUGAGGAGAAGAAACACAGAGAAAGAGAGAAACAGAAUUAGCGCUUUUCCAGUAGAACAAUUUUUCCUGUUAAUUUUUGGAACCACCAAGUCAUCCCAAAAUGGGGCUCCAUUUAUUGCCUAGACACUGGAUCAUUUUGAAAGCAACCAAUGAAAGCAAUGUUGCUCUUUAACCUGCACAGGUAUUUCACAGGUUAGGAGAGCUGAGCUGUGGAAUGAUUCAUUGGUUCCAGAAACAGGGCUUUUGCUUUUGGGAUUUGCCAGUGAGACAGCAACUUGGUUCCAACAACUUGGAACCAUAGCGAACAAACCGGUUCUUCUUCCCAGUAAGACUUGGUGCAAGCCAAUACUUGUAUAGUCCCUAAAAGAACCUCAUUUGAAUGUCUGUUAGCCCCUCUCUGUCUGUCUUAGGACAGUGACAUUUUAUUUUCCUCUUCUUUCUUGCUUUGUUGACCGCUUAGAUGAAGAGUUCUGCAGAACUAGAAAAUUUGACUGCUAUCUUGUGAUAGUUUGCUUGGCCUAAUAAAGGUAUUGCCUUAAUAAGGAUUUUGGGAUUUUUCUUCAGUACAGCAUUGCUACCUAUACUUCUUCAGAGAGAGAUAUCAGCUACCAUUUGAACUCAUUUUGUUGUCUGCCUUCACAUAACUGUAUGAGUUAGGGCAUAAACUCUUUGACAACCAGCCACAUGUCCAGAAAAUAUAUAUUUUACAAUAAUAACACCAAAGUAUUUUUGCUGCAGAUAAUAAAUCGACAGCAAAGUCACUGUCAAGAUGGCCUAAUAGUAUGAAUAAGCUCCAGCAAAAUUUCGUAUCCUGACAUCUUUAUAACUUUCCCUCUAAUACUUCUGGGAUCUACUUGUUUUGAAUUUAAUGUUGUAAGAGAAAUAAACAGGCCACUGACUAGCAUUUUGAUGUAAAAAUAAAAUGGCCAUUAAAAAAAUUAUCCAGGUGCCAAUUCUUGAUGCAAUCAAAUGUGUUAGCUGGACCCUUGGUUAUGGCUUGGUCUACAUUGUGGAAUUUUUCAUUUCUCUACCAAUAUGUGGGACUAUACGGUCCUCAUGGGCUCACCCUGAAGCAGAGGUCCCUUUCCCAGAAAUCCACAAAUGUUCUUUCCACUCAUGCCGUAAACCAAUUUGAGCUAUUGCCUGCUAACUGCCAGGUUCCAUCCUUAAACACUUUCAUCAAUCUCACAUCACAUAUUUGUUUAGACAUUGACCCUUUAUGUUGGAGCAAUGAAAGAAUCUCCUGGAGCUGCACUUCCCUUGCUCUUUAUCUUUCUAGUUGGUCUUUUUGGUAAAGGCCAAUGACUGCAGUCCUCCCACUAUAACAGAAAUAUGAUGGGGGGGGCACUGCUAGAAUUGUCCCUAAGCGAAUAAAAUUGGGGUUCAGGGUGAACAGUCUUAGUCUUGGGAAAUCAAUACUUUCUCUCCAUGCCCUCGUUCUGUGUGUGCACUUUGGUCCUACUGCUUUUCUGUUCCUUUUCAUUGGUAUUUUAGCUGGUUGUUUGAUGCACGGUCUACAUUGAUGGGCUCCUCUGAAUUGCUGUGUGUGUGUCCCCACCCCACCCCUUUCAGAUUAGCUAUUUCAAUGGCUCUCAUUGCUCUUCAGAAUGAAGGUGAUGAAAAGGUUGUUGGCGUCUGGACACCUAGCCAAGUCUAAAGGCAGGGGCCAGCCAAGAAUACUAUGAGGCUUUGUCGCCCAGUUAGGGUUGUAUCAUUCCUUGGAAUGUCCCCGCAAUGGAGCUGAAAGGGCAGAGGCAGGAAACCUACAGAGAACAGGGCCAGGAACAUCUGGGGAUAGUACCUAGCUUCUGGCCAAACACAUGUCCCUGCCAGACCAGAUAGAACAACCGAGCAUUUUAUGUGUACUGCUUCUGUCUUUGCAUUCCCAGCUCCGCCGUAGGGAGCUGUAAGCAGACUCUCAGCAGUUGAGGAGGCCCAUGUAGGGUCUGUGUAUAACCUAAUGCUGGCUGCAUGAAGCAGUGGAAUUGGACCUGAGUGAAUGUUGUUUUUCCCUAUUUUGUGUAUGUAUGUGUUAGAAACUGUUGCUUGUAAAUUAUGGGUAGGAGAGCAGUCUGUGUAAAUCCUUUGCCCUUUGCUUCUUAACUGAGAGCACCUCUUCUCUGUGGCCAAGUGUACUCCUCAGGAAGGGAAUGCAAAGCAAGAGCUGCUGCAGCAGAGAAAAACUCAUUCUCAUGUCUGUCCCCAUGUGAAAGCCAGUGGGGCAGUUUGGAGACCACAGCACCUGUGCAAGUCUGCCCAGCAUCAUAAAACGCAGGGAGGCAGGAUAUAGAGAGGUCCCAUUGCUAGGUCUGCAUCCUGGUCUUUCCUACAGGCAGCAUGUCGGUUCUCAAAGUUGGUGUUCAAGGUUAGCCUUGCCAGUUAUUGUCUGUCGCGUGGCUCUUUAAUUGUGCCAUACGUUUGAGUUCAGCCCAAGCCCAUCACAAUGUCUAAGGGCAGUCUGCCGCCAAGAUUACAGCCUUUUCUGAUCUUAAACCUGGCACAGCCACAGCCCAUAAUGUGCUAAUUUGCACUUGGAGGAUAGUGGAAUGCUGGAGGCUUGGAGGAGCCAGGCAGCUGCUGCUGGGGAUGGUGCCAGGAUGUCGUGAGCAGGCAGUUGUUUUUCUCUGGAUUACUGAACUCUGCAAACCCCAGCUUGCUGGACAUGGGGCUCCUCUGUCCUUGUUAACUAGAGAGCGGUUGCCUAGAUUGUACAAUUUGUACCAUGCCUCCUUGCAGCUCUGACACUGGGAUUAUGUGAUAAGGCAUAGGAGAAGGCUGACUUCACUGACGGCAGGGGCAGAGUACUGGGUUCCUCUUCUUGCAGUUUGCCAAUUGAUCUGUAGAGCCUAUUCCCAAUCAACAUGUCUGUCGAUACAAUCAAGAAGUAUAGUUUCAGAAAAGCACUAUUAAUCUGUCUUGCCAGUGCUGCCACCACUUUAGGGUGGCCGGGCUGAUGCACCAUGAGGAGCCAAGGCCACUGGAGAUGAGGCACCUCAAGAAAAUACGUAUCGGCCAUCUGGCGUUACAUGUCUUUAGCUGCCCCUGGAGAAAACUCUGGUUAUAAUUACAGACAACACCACAGCUGUGUGCACAUAAACAAGGAAGGAGCACAUGUGUGUGUUGUGGAACAACCUGGCAGGUCCUUGAGAGCAAUGUAUUGAAGCACCGGAUGAAUCACAUUGGUGUGACACAAGCACGAAGUGUGCUGAUGUAUGUGGCAAAAAGGGAGGAGUUACUUUCUCGAAGAGAAGAAUACUGGCCUGUGCAAUCUUCCUCUAGUUUUAGAGAAGGAUCUCAGUUUGGUGGUAGACCACAAGAUUUGCAUGCUUGGGCAUCUCCAGUGAGGGCUGGGAAGGACCCUUGUUUGCAGCCUUGGAGAACCUCCUCUCAGUCAGCCUGGAUCAUGGUGAAGAACCAGCAGCCUGCAGUGCAGAUGUUUCCCGUAAAGUCUUUGUGACCACAUAAGAGUGUGUGAUAUUUGAGGAGUUGGUAAGAAUGGCUCAUUCUGCCUUGCCCAUUCAUGGCAUUUGCCCCCUUGUGUGGCCAUUAGGAAGAAAAAGUUCCAUGAACACAAAUUGGAUCUGUUUAUAAGCCAAAUUCCUAUGCAAGGGAAGAGAGAGAAGCAUGGAGUGGAGAUAGCUCAGGAGGGAGAUCUACAUGACUGAGUAUGGCUGAUCAAAAGUAGCUUUGGCUUUGGCUCUGCCAACAUUUGGCUUUGGAAUGCAGCCCCACAAGAUUACCCAAAGGCUGGCUAUACAGCCUUUGACCUUAAAAAGGCUCCUUGCUCAUGGUGUGGACACUUCUGAGCUAGCUAGACCAACCUGCUGCCAUCUGUAUGUUUUGAACUGCAACUCCCAUGGCAUGAGCCCUGGCCAGUGGUCAGGGAUUAUGGGAAUUGUAGUCCAAAACAUGGAGAGCACCAGUUUAGGGAAGGCCGCCAUAGAGUGCUGGCCUGGCCUCUCAUGCAAAUCAGGAAUUGCUCUACCUGUCUGGCUGAUAGAAGAAUGACUGCACAAUCUCUCAUUAUGAAUGCAGGCAAUUAUAGUGAACUAUAGAAAACCUAAGUUGUUCCUUUAUAAAUGAAGAGCUAGGAGCAUGUAGAAGAGGUGCUAAGCUUUUGCUCCAGAGCUGCCUCUCACUGCCUCUUUUGGAAUCUCUGUUUCUUACUUAUUAAGUGUCUGAGUUACUGCAUUGAAAGUAUAUGUUGCAGUGGCUUCUCACGUCGAUAACAAAAGCAUUUCUUUCUCCUCUGGCAAUUAACUAAAGUUUUCUAUAGAAGUGGCUGUUGAAGCCUGUCCUCCAGUUGGAAAGACCCGCUCUAGCCUGGAACAUGAAUGUAGUCCUCAUUAAAUUAAUGGGAGACACUCACACUCUGCUGCCCAAAGCUUGGCCAUUUCUUCUUGAUUAUGCUUAUGCAGAAGCACGUGACCACUCUCGUGCACGCAUCUGCCUUAUUAGCUGGCAGACUAAUCGUCAUGACAAAGGAAGUCAAUGCUUCAUCCCAGCGACAUUCUUAGAAUAUUGUGUUCUUCCAUUCCCAGCCAGGGCUUUAACCUGCCAGUUACUUUUCCAGGACCACACACUGGAUUGGAGGCUGCCUCCCACCAAUUAGUUGUGUUGGGCAUCUGGCUUCAGAGAACAAAGCAAAUUUGAAAGCCUCAUCACUUGUUUUAAUUCCUUUCUCAAAGCUGCCCCCAUGUCAUUGCACACUUCUGUUAUGACAGAGAUUUUAAGCAAUGAUUUGAUCUAAUAUGAAGUGAUUUUUAGUUCCUUUGGGCAGGAAAUCUGCGUGGACUUUUGAGCUUAUUCAACUAGGCCAGUGUAUACCACAGAAUAUACAGGGGGGAAUUAGCUUGGCAGAAGUUUUCCAUUUCUAAGCACUGCAUUCCUGCUGAUAGACUCAGAUCAUAUGCUGGGUUUGGGAGGAUAUCACUGCAGUUCUGCAUUCUUUUGCACCAUUCAUCACCCUUCCAUUAAUUGAUUGUGAAAAAGAGUGGUACUUCGAUUUCAUGAAAGCCUUCCCCAACCUAGUGCCCUCCAGAUGUUUUGGACAAAAUUCCCUAUUGUCCCCAGCCAGUUUAGUUGGCUAAUCCUAUUAAGUGCUUCAUUAUAGAAUUGAUACUUUCCAUGUCCCUCCAUAAAGUGUCCUGUGUUAAUGUCAUCAGAUCUGCCAUAGACCCUCUGUUCAUGCAGUUCAACACAAUGUUCUGUAGGCAAAAAUGCAAAGUGUCUGAGAUAAAAUAUUACCUUGUGCAUUUCUACUGUAAACUAUACAGAAAGGGCCCGCUAUAUGCAGUGGCCUUUCUGUUACUGCUUGUAAGUGGCGAGAGUGCUUUGGAUAAUGUUGCUGAUUUAAGGAAAAGGCUCCUGCAGCUACAGUCUGUUUGGAGGUUAGAGAAUAAGUUUAUAAGCGGUAUGAACAUAAGCUACAGGGAAGGAAGCAUCCAGAUCAGCAACAGACCAGACAGUUGCAUCUGUGUAAAGAACUGCUCAGUCAGCCAAACCUCCUUAUCAGGUACUCGAUGAACCACCACAAACCAGUGAUGGCAACAGGGGCCCAAAGCAAUUGCUGAAGUCAGGAAAUGGCAGGGAGAUUAGGACAUUGUGGCUGAUGGUUUCACCACCUUCAUGCACUGUUCAGAGGAAGUGAGCAAAGACUGCUUUCUCAAGCUUGCAGAAUUUGUACAAAACCUUGGCAGAGGUAAAAUACUGGCAGGGAAAGAAAUGCCCAUCCUGUUUGUACUGUGGUUGGAUGCACAGGAUGGGAGCCACCUAGCAGGUCCCAUCAGCAGAAGCCCUGUGCUAGGACUUCGGCUUGCGUAGAAGGGCUUUCCCCUCUCUCCUCCCCGCAUAGCCUCUUCAGUUGGCUUGAGAAGGAGGUCAGGAGAACCCCCCAGAACUGUGUGUAGGGGGAGGAGAGGAGGGACUCAUUCCACUUGCCAGCUGUGAUGCUUGUGCCAGUGGAAUGAUCAGCUCAGCGCAGUGCUGAAUUCUUCCACAGUGUCCACUGCAGGCUGCUGAGGGACUGGAGCUGAGGGUGUGUGAGAGAAAGACAGGGGACCGCCUUGCGGUUUUCCUUUCCAUGUUUCCAGGUAUAAUGUGAAGAGAACAGUCUGUAUUUUGGAUUAGGAGCUCACAGAUCUCCUCGUAGGAACUUGUAGAACUUGUUCCCCUCUGCCUGCUGCUGCCCUGCAAUCCCCAUCAGCCAUGGCCAGUGUGAGCAGUGGUCAGGGAUAGGGAUCAGUGAGAGUUGUAAUCCAUCAACUUCUGGAAAGCUAUAGGUCCCCUGCCCCUGCCAUAGGCAGUAUGUUCAACAAUAACCUGAAAGCGUGGAAAGGUGUCACUUGACACAUUGGUACAAACCCCGAAUUAGCUGCUCUUAUGCUACAUGUGAAAUGGCCCUCUGCAUCUCCUCUGCCCAACAUAGCUCUGUUAUCACUAUCUUGUUUUUGAUUAUGCUUACCUUGUUGGGGUAGAGUUCUUGUAAGUUUGCUCCCUCUGCUCCUGUUCUUGCCCUGCAUCUCCCCCUUGGUGUUGACACAGCUGGCUUCUUCCAACAUCACUCUUUCUAUUCUUGCCUUUAGAAAGAAUGUCUAAUUCAGACUGUCCUGCAGUGCUAGACUUUACCCCCCUCCACUUCCCCUUUCCCCUUUCCUCUAUCUGGGAACUCGGUGCUGCAGAGGCGUUGACCCCUUGGCAGGCCAUGGAUCUAACAGAACUAAUUCCCUCUCCCUAGGGGCUUUAAUUGAUUCUUCGGCUGAAAUUAACAGUGCCUCGAGAAGCACGUAGACUCAGAAGGUGCAGUUCUGGCAAGGGCUAUGGAAAUAUGACAUCUGCCGGCAUGGGAGCUGCUGCUGAGAAGAUGUCUUUUUUGUUUUAUUUGAGCAUUGGGAUGUGAGAAGGAAAUGGGCCUGAUGUGUUUUGGGGGGAUAGAUAGAUAGAUAGUCUGGCAUAUAGAAUGGCAUUUCCUAAGCUUGCUUCAUAGUGGUCUGCUUGCCAUCACUCCCAUGUUAGCUUCCACUGUGGAAAGAUUGUCCUCACCAUUGCUAUUGCCUACACCAUUUCUUGAAUGUCUCUCUCAAUCUCUGCCCUUUCUUUCUCAAUCUCUGCCCCACACAUCAUAUCCUCCCCAGUUCCACUGACAUCCCGCUUACCUAUCUGUGCACUUGGCAUACUAAAAUGCGUUUCUUCCUAGAGUUCUCCUUUUGGAAUUAUUGCCCUCACCCAACUAUUGCUUUUUAAAGUGGUAUCAUUCUUGUACUUUGACAAACAGUCACUGAUACUGGCUGGGUGUCACUUGCUUGGAAUUGGACUUGAGCGAAAUGGUGUUCUCUAGAUAUGCCAACUGCUUCAUGACCGCUUCACAAUGUGUGGUAGUCGUGGAAAACAUUUUUGCCUUUUGACUUUGAGCUUGAAGCACUUCUCUGUGAACUUCCCGUACAUGCAUGGACCUUCACCUCUGUGCUUUUGGCAGGUGACUGCAAACCGCCUUAAAAUGUGGGUCAGUAGUAACAUGCUGAAAACUGUGUGUUUCUUUUUCAUGCUUCUUUUUCAUGCAGUCACUGCGUGUGGAAAACAUUCUGUUGGGCUUGUUUCUAAGCUGGGACCACCAGUGUGCAGACUCUGCAAAAAAGCUCACCAGGCUUUUUUCUUGCUCUGUUCCAGAUAUGAUCAGUCAGCGGUCUGCAGGAGGCAAACACAGCGGGAGCGCUCAGCUUGGCACAGGAAGGGGCACUCUGCGGCUUCGGGCCAAAGGACCAGCCACUGUGGAGGAACAGGUUUGUGUUCAGCAAGCCCAGAAAUGUAGAGCAGAAGGAUGGGCAGCUCUGCCCUGCUCCACUUUUUUCCAAGACUGGUUUAGAGCAGGUGUCCACAAAUCCAUCCCCCUCUGGUGAGAGGGAUGCUCAGCAGCAUAUUUCCCCCUGCCCCUGAGCUCUUCCUUGUGGUGUGGUUUUAGAGGAGGGGGGGAAAGGAGCAGGCAUCUCUCCUGCUGUUUCUCUCAUCUCCUCCUCCCUGCUUCUCCUUCAAGUUAUUGUGCAGACCAGAGAAGUAAAGGGAUGUUAUGACGGUAUUGGUGGCAAGAGGGAUAGUCCAGCUGAUACACGCAGCCCUGGGUUGGUACUCUUCCUCACAGCCUUCAUGCGUCUUCUGAAGACACGGAGCCACACCUGGGCCCCGGAUAACCAGCUCUAGAGUUUCCCACUCUCCAAUCUCUACCAAAAUUCUUCAGCCACAUUGCAGCCAUUUUCUUCUGCAUUAGACCCAUUGGCCCUUUCAGCUAGUAGCCGUAGCCAAGUUGCAGCUGCCACCCCUCAAGUUAAUAGAGAGGAAAACAGACAUUGUUGCUGCUUCAGUCGUUGUGUUCUUCCUCUUCACAGCCAUCUGCAUUUGAGGAAAAGGCCAUCGAGAAGGUUGAUGAUCUUUUGGAGAGUUACAUGGGCAUCCGUGACACAGAGCUAGGUGAGUUGCUGCUACCUUUCCUCUUUUAAUCUGGAAAUAAACCACCCAAAGCAAACUAGUUAAGAGACUGGAGCCUCCCUGUAGAUGCUGGCAUCUCCCCUUGAUUUGCACACCUUUCCAAUGCUGGAAUGGGAGCCAAUGUGAGGCUCUCCCUGUGCCUCUGUCUCAGUUGUUGUGUUGGCUUGUGAGCUGUUUGGGGUGUGGAGCAGAUGCUCACCUCUGGCUUUCUUUCCUUUCCCCCACAUAGCUGCUACCAUGGUGGAGCUGGGAAAGGACAAACGGAAUCCUGACGAAUUUGCUGAGUCCCUGGACGAGCAGCUGGGGGACUUUGCCUUCCCCGACGAGUUUGUCUUCGACGUCUGGGGAGCGAUUGGCGACGCCAAGGUUGGGCGCUACUAGGACUCUGCGCCCUCUGCUGGACCCUGCAGGCAGGACUACUAGGCAGGCCACUGGUGGGCCUGGCACACCACUGUGCCCUCACUUCGAUGCUGGGCCACACCUGCCUCCUUUCCCUAGGGGCUGGAGAGGCCCUCAAGCAAUAAGUCACCUGCAUUAAUGACUGGAGUGUAAUGUGAAUGGGGGCCAGAAUCACUGCUGCUGACCACCUCUUUGUGCAUGAGGCUCCCUCAGACCUGAACACAGUCUGCUAGGAGUCCCUUGCUGCCAGUUCUUGGCUUCUGCCACUCUGCUCAUACAGUUUGCUGUUCUCAGGGAGAUGCAACUGCUCCUUGCUGGUUUCCAGGCCUAUCCUUGAACGAGGAUAUGCAGGCAUCCUGAUAGGCAGUUAGUCUGGGGGGGAAUCUCACAGGCACUCUCGGGCGACGGAUGAGGCUGGGGUGAGCUCGGAUGGGUUUGGACAGCCCUGACACAACCAUUUGGAUGGGUGGGCAGGUGCGGCAAAAGCUCCUCACUGUGCAUAUCUGCUCUGGAUAGGCUAAGAGGGUACACACACUCAUCCCUCUUUUCCAGCAUGAACAUCCUCUGCUGGUCCAGCUCCAAUCCAUUUUGGUACGAUAUGCACUGGGAAGCUGUUUCUCUUGCCACAGGUGGACCUCGUUUCAUAGCUGCUCUCUCUUGCUUGAUCCUCGUAGCUUGGCUUUGGGUAGUAAAUGCAAGAGAGGCACUCAGAAAUUAGAGAGCAUCAGAUCACAAGGUAAAAAAAACAACAACUGGUGGAGGAAAUAAGGUGCCCGACCCCAAUCUUGUUUCCUAGAGAGAUCCUUUCCUUCCAUGUGGCUAGGCAGCCCUUCCAGCUGAGUUUCAGCUGCUGGUCCUACCCUUCCUAACAAAGCCUGCCUCUGCCGGCCCCAUCAUCAGCUGUUGAAUCCAUUUUGAGUGGCAGUCUCAAGCUUCCUUUGGUUGGGCAUGGCUGAGAACAGCUGGCAGCAGAGACACAAGGCUGUAUAGCCAGCCACUCCCCCUCCCCCAAUGGAUCUGGCUUGUCCUGCCCCCAACCACUUCCCCAGAGCGAAGCGUGGUUUAAAAGCCCACCUCCUCUUUAACCGCCAUCCCCCAUCUGCAGCUGAGCUUCUUGCCCCCAGUUACUCACUUUGUGGAUAGUACAAAGAUUGUCGUCCCAUGUGUCUCACUGGCGAUGAGCCAUUGCUGAGCCUGUCACACCAGUGGCAUUCCCCCGUCCCAAUUACUGCUGGGAAUAUUCCCUUACUGGACUGGUUCUGGGGAACUCCUCUGCUCAGGGUGAUACUGCUUGGCACUGGGGACGUUCCCAGAGGGCAGCAAAAUCACAAGCAGCAACAGCAGCAGGUUCUCCUUGCGGUCUGAGUUUGGGCAUGUCCUUGUCGAGAUCUGUCUUUGACUAAUCUGUCCAACAUUGUCAUACUGACCUACCUCCCAGGGUGGCCCAGUUAAUAAUGCCUGAAAAGCUGCCUCUGUUAAAUUAUUGAUAUUCUCCCACUGACACUACACGCGCACACCCCCCCCCAAAUGUUGGGCCUCUUCCCUGUACUGUAUCCCAAUACUGUAGUUCAGGCACUGUCUGGUCACCCUAGGAGCCAUGAAGGCCCCCUUCCUCUUCAGUUACACCUCACAGCCCCAAUCCACCUACUGUAUCUCUUUAAGACACUAACCCCAAGUAGGAUGUGGAGCCUAGUUGCCCUCGGGACCCACACCUCAUGCUCAGAGUGGGUGAGGUUUCUGCCAAGCCUUGCUGCCUUCCUGUGCCCUGGCACCGGAAGCCUUGUGGGUAGACCAGGCACCACAUUCUCCUUGGGCAUAUUUUUGUAUUCUAUGUGUAAAGCAUCUUUAAGAUAAAAAUAUAUUGACAUUACUAAAUUGCUUUUUGCCUGC